AUGGGAUCGCCAGUAAAGAUCGGCAAGCAAGGCAUUAUGGGACCUGUAGGACCACAGGGAGAGACUGGAAACAAUGGCGAAAAAGGAGACAUAGGACCCAAAAGCAUGCCGGGAACUAAAGGCGAACUUGGAGAAUCGAUAUCAUCUCUUGCUGUUGUUUUUUCUCCUGCGACGUUGACAGUAACCGAAGGUGGAACAAUCUCGUUUCAGUGUUCAGCCAGUGAUAAUCCUAAGCCGGCAUUAACGUGGAGUAAACUGAACAGUCAGUCAGAUAUCACUCAGUCAGCGGUUUCACGUGGAAAGCUGGAGUUGAAGAAGGUGACAGGAAAAGACUCAGGAAUGUAUUAGUGUUCAGAAACAAGCAUUCCGGGGAAUUCACGGGAUGUGGUACGAUUAGCAGUAAAUGGUGAGUUUCGGGUUAUUUGCUUUCCAAUGAAUUUUUUUUGUUACACAGUGCAGUUUUUACUGGCAGUCAGGUUUGUGAUUCUGGAAGCACGAAGAGCUGUUUUCAGUUUAAAAAUACAAGAAACACUUGCUUUUCUGACGAUUUUCCCAACAGUCCUUAAAAUUCCUAGUAAUCGAUUAAAACCCUUUAAAAUACCGAAAUGAUAACAAAUCGCCAGUUCUACUCCAAAAUCCCAAAUCCGCUUAUUAAGCACGCGCAACAAACAUAUUGCGACAACAAAUUUAGUAAACUGUUUAAAAUAAUCAAUGGCCGCGUGCCUGAAAUUGAAUCAAUUAAAAAGUCUAUACUUGCACGCGCACCAGGGCGUAAGCGUCAAGUUCUUUUAGAAGUCGCAACACUCGCUGUGUUUCUAUAUAGUAAAAUUAAUUCAAACAUUUGGUUGGGUUCUCUUUGGAAACAGCUACUAUUCAUGUUCCUGUAAAACUUAGACUAAACACUCGCGUCGCUCUUUUACACUUCCAGGCCUGUUGACGCCAUUUAAUGAUAGGGUGUACUGAAAACGUUACUGUUGGGCGAAUAUUCAAAACAAGCGCUAGCGUUUCAAGGAAAAAAAUCCUGCUAGAGCAGCGUCUACAAAUCUGAUGCAUUUCUAGUUUGCAUAAAAAAAAGCAAUACUCAGAAAAAAAAAAGAAAGCUUAAAACCAAGAAGUCGACGUCAAACAAGGCUGAAUUGUAAUUAAAGUCGAACCUCCGGUUGCGACCACUUCUCCUCAGCGACCAAUUUUCCAAAACACCGAAACUUUCCAAGCCAAAUCACUAUAUUUGGAACCUCUUAUAAGAGAACAGCUCUCGUAAGUGACUGCGACCACUUUUAGAGCUAAAAGUUUAAAAUUUUCCUUUGUUUUUAACCUCUUGUAAGAGACCACUUGACAGAUAAUAGAAGCUAAUAGAGCGGAGUUUUGUACCAUUCUCACAUUCCUGAGUUGUACAAGAGAUGGAAACUUCUAAAUGGGAAGUACCGCAUUUUUUUCGAAAUUGGCUUUUCAGAUGAAUGAAACAUUUAAAACAUAGGGUAAGUGUCUGCAGUUAACUUAGGCUCGUGAGGGGAAAUCUUGACCCAAUAUGGUCCAGGCUCUCGUGAGCGAGCACCUCUCUUUAGCCACCACCAAGGCUUGACAUUUUGGGUGCUCUGUUACGGGAGGUUCGACUGUGAAGUUUGCUAAAAGUUAGUAGUCCUUCUUCUACGGGAGAAAAUCUAAGGCCCGAAACGUUUAGCAAACCAGCUACUAUUUGACAUUUUAAAGAGCUUUCAGCCUCAUAUUUUAGUUUAUCGUUUUAGUGUCGCGCAUCUUGUGAGUUUUUUGCCUAUUUCUACUGAAUUAAAAUCAUUUGGUUACAGUUCAACCUCGCGUCUCUGUUCAUCCCGGACCUUCGUAAGUCACAGAAAGAGACGUCAUUUUUCCAGUAUGUCAAGUGACCGGAUAUUCAGUACCAGUGGUGACCUUGAGGGAGUCGUCUGGUCAGUUACCCCAGGGGAGGGUGCACUAUAACAACAGUGUCUUACAAAUUUCCGAUGUCCGUAAAAGUGACUCUGACACAUUCAGCAGUCAACCUUUUAGAAAAAGCUGAAAGAAAAGUUCUCUUAGUUGUGGGUUCACUUCCUGUGUUUACCGUCAAGCCACCUGGAGAGGAUUCUGGGAACUAUAUCUGCAUGGCUACAAGUGCAGAAGUGUUUCACAUCGAAGCCAUAAGUUUCGUUGAAGUUAGGAAGAGGUAAGUGACCAAUUAGUCUGCUGCAUGUCCACAGACCCGUUAUUGAAAAAACAAAGUUAAUGUAUGGGCUUCUCUUUCGUCAGAUUGUUCUGCUUAAAUCAGGCCAUACUCGAAGUGGAUUGUACUCUGUCAACCCAGACGGUAGAGGACACUUUACUGUCUACUGUGACAUGCGCACUGACGGUGGAGGCUGGACCGUUUUCCAGAGAACACAAGAUGGCUCGGUAGACUUAAAUCGGCGAAAGAACGACUACAAAGCAGGCUUUGGUCAGCUGACUGCUGAGUUCUGGUUAAGAAACGACAAGAUCCACUUACUGACGGCCUCUAUACCGAGCUCCCUACGAGUUGAGCUGAAGGACUGGAACGGAGUUUAA